UGGUGUAGUGUUGAAGGAGAAGCCCUGGAAGUGCUUCCACUCAUGCUGCCUCACCAGCACCCCACAACAGCUACUAGGGCUGGGUCCUACCUGCUAUUGCCCCCAGUACCUCCCACUUACCUGGCACCCACGGCCAGUGCCCACACCUUGCAGCAGGAGGCUGGCCCUUGCCACAGGCUACUGCCCUCCCCCAGCCUGUAUAUUUUCCUGUUUGCCUCUUACCUUUUGCACUGAUCCCAGGAACAGGGACAGUGACAGCCUAGCUGCUAUCCCUGGAGGAGCCAGAAGCCAACUUCUGCUUGCAGACAGUUUAUGUUCUUCUCUGGGCUCACACCUUCAGUUCACCCAGGAGGGCUCGGAGCCUUGCAUCCAGCCAAGGUUUGUUGCCAGGGAAACUAGGGAAGAAAGAAGUGCAAAGGGCCAAAGAAAAAAGAUGUUGGUGCUGUCCAAUGACACAGCCCUGAGCAUUCUCCUCUCCAAGCUGCUUCAAGACCACCUGGAGCAGACAAAUAGCACUGCUCCCUCUACAGCUGGAAGCACUGGCGGCAGCCUGGAAAUCAUCUACUUGCUGAUGAUGGUUGGUCUCUUUGGCUUCUUCACAGUGGGAGUCAUGGUGACCAAUAUCCGUGCCAGGAGGCUGGAUGACUCCCACAACCCCUACAACACGUACAUUGCAACAGACAUUUGGCACAAGAAGGACCAGGAGUAUUUUCAAGCCAAGCUUAUAGAAAAUUACAAGCUGUGCUGUGUCUUUGAAAACCAGCUGGCAGUAGAACAGCCGAGCAUUCACAUUCCUGAGGAGAAGUCUUCCUAGCCAAAUGGGAGAAAGGACUGGACUGAACUUUGCAUGGGGACAACCCAAGCGAUACCUGCUAUGAACCAGGCUAGCUGCUUUCCCACCUGCCAAGCUCCCGGUGCUGACAGGCAGAAUUACAGAGGUGACAGUGAAGCCGAUGGGUUUGUGAUGGCUCGGGUGCUGCAAAGUUGCCUGACCACAUUGUUUCAGUCACUGUAAGGUCAGGGAAGGAGACACACCAAUGGGAGUAUCAUGGACUCUUAGCUUCACCUGGUGAGAAAUACAAAUGUUGGUGUUGCCAGCAUGAAUUCUCGCAGUAGUCAGUGUACUUCAAAACAAACUGGAUCGAGCAUAAGCUAGAGGUAUUAACAGACAAGUAUUGUUUAGGCAAUCGUUUUCAAGUAAUACCAUUGUCUUCCAAGAAAAUGUAGCAGAAAGAUUUCCUUUGUAUUUUUGAAUAAUCAUAGUAUAAACUGUACAGUGUUAUGGAUAAGUAGUUUCUCUGAGAAUCAUGUACCUUUUUGAGGUAGAAUUUUUAGAAAGGAUAUGCUUUUAUUAUCAUUUUUUGCUGAAAAACCAUUUCUGUGGACUUCAGAGGGAACUUUUUUAGUGACUGUCCUUAAUUCACAUUGUGUACCCCAGAUAAGACUUGCAGAGUACUUAUGUUUUUCCUUCUUGUGGAUCCAGGUUGAUCUCAGAAGCAAUACCCACCUCUGUACAAGGACUGAGUAACAUGCAGUGUUGUGAGUAUUGAUCACCUUUAAUGACUGCAGAAGACCUAGGUGCUAGCCUGUGGUUGCAAAGUGAAUUUCCACAUCGUGAAAAGCAGUUUCUCAAGGUCUCUGCUGUUUAGUCAUGGAUGCAGCUUUAUGUGUGUGCCUAACUUGUAGCCCAUGAGCUUCUUUCUCUAGGUCCCAAGAGCAGCCCCCUUAGUACAGCUGCUUAUUUCUUGCACUAUCCAAUGUGAGGUCCAUGUCAGCAAGGUAUUCCUGCCUGUGGCCUCCAUAUGCCCUUCUUCCAUGGACUGUGUAAACCAAGCUGUAGGGAGAAGGCAGUAGCUGAACUCUGCUGCUUUGGUAGCAAGUAUUAGGUGUCUCUGCUCUCAGGCAGAAAUAUGUCUGCUCUGAACACUGCAUUGCUUAAAAUAGCAACCUAGCCAGGUCAAAGCCUGUUUUCUUGUAUGGGAUCAAAGAAGCAAUGGUCUGGGCAGGUGGGGACUUUUUAUUUCAACUCUGCAGAUGUAUAUCUCAUUUUUAGCUACCAGAGAGUGAGAAGAAGUGGGAAAGGCUUGAAAAAAAAGUCAUGCAAAGCAGUUGGUUCAAAGGCAAGGCAAAGGCAGAGUGGCAGCAGACCGCUACCAAAGCAUUUGGAUAGGCAAGGGAUGCAAAACACUGUGCUGUCAUUGAAGUAGCAGCUUAGCCAAGCUUCUCUUCCCAUGAUAUUUAAACACAGGACAACUGAAAACACGGUGUAUUUUUAAAAAUAGAUUUGUAUGGUGCCUGCCAUUAAGCUGAGGGUAAGGCCAAUGUUUUAAGCUUGGAAUAUUUCUGUCGGCUUAAUUAUCUGAGACUUUGUCUCCUCUAGAGAAAGGUAGACCAAGCCAGGCUUUGGAUAGCUGUUGACUUAUUAGCUUGGGCAUUGCUCUCUUGGGUUCUUAUCAUGUGGUCUGUAUAUUGCUUCUACUUCCUACCCUCAGUGAGAGAGCAAAUGCUCUCGCUUGUUGGUUAUCUAGGUGUAGACCCAUGAAACAUUGCUGAAAAUGUUUAAACUUGCGUUGAAAAUGGCCUUCACUGCAUUAAAACCUUUGAACAUUAAGCAUUUCAAAAGGUCUGCCUCCUGCAGCUCCCCUUCCACUCCAGGUGCUUUCAGGUAUUUUGGGCUGAGGCACUUGCUGUUCACCUUAUUUUAAUAGGCCCAGUGUAGCUAUUUGUGACAAGGUCAUUGUCUGCAUUACUUAGCUUCCACUUCUUUUUUUUCUUUUCUUUUUUUAUCUCUCCCAUUUUAUUUAUUUUAAUAAGUGAGGAAACACUGUGCCUUAGUCAUAAUGUUUUUCUUUGUAACCAGGUUACAAAGCACCUUUCUAUUUCACUUGUACCCUCCCACAGUGGACCUUCACAUUACCUUUCAGUCUUUCUCCUUCUUCCCAUACAUUUUUCACUCGUGAAAAAACAAUAAAAUAUUAACU